AAUUUUUUAGAAAUGUCAGAAAUGGCGCAAAGUUUUGGUUUGUUUUGAUUUUAAAGAAUAAUUUAAGUAGAAAUAAUGUUAUUUGAAAGCAGAUAAUGUUUAGUAGGAACGGGCUUCGAGAAAUUGGUUAAUUUUUGUUAGAUAUGAUUAUUGGUUUGGCAAAUUCAUUAAUAUUGUGUCACGGGCCGGCCUCGGAGAAUGUGCUGUUGGAAAGGAACGGCCCAGCAGACGUCAGUUCGGCGUGCAAGCACUUGCAAGGCACGAAGCCGAGACCAGGGGCGCACGACGCCUCCCCCGUCUCGAAGAGCACCGGGACCUUCCAGACGCCCGUGCGCUCGUGCUACAAGAGGCUGGCGCCCCUGCCGGUGCAGUACGGGUUCGCGUCCCUGCCCGUCUACGGCACGUCGCCGUCGCAGCCCGGCCCGUUCGAAGCCUCCAACCCGUUCGACGACGGGCUCACGCAGCGCCUGCACCUCCCGUUCUGCAGUCCGUCCGUGUUUGCCCGCGUCGUGAGUCCCUCGCAGGCGGAGCACCAGUUCUGCUGGACCAUCGAGGACGUGGCCAACCUGCAGCCGGCCCCGAUCGAGGAGGUGUCGGCCGAGCAAGCACAGCUCGACCCCGAGCUGGAGCUGCGAGCGCAGGAGGCCAUCAGCAGGUAUUUCCGCAGUCACCGGAUAGUCCCCAGUCCGUGGAGCGCAGGCAACUCUGCUCAUCGUGCCGAUAUGGGCGCCAUGACAGACAGUCCCAAGUCUGCUGCCGGCACAACGAUACAUCUCGCCAAAGGGAAAUACCUGGAUGAAGGUGGCCCUGCGGCAGAGAAGGUUUCUAUGCCGACUCAGACAGUUCUGUCAUUCCCGCCAGUGCUACCGCCGGCCUUGGAAGAAGCCUUGAAGCCGUACUUCAUCUGUCCAACAGAGGCCGCGGAGCCGAGGCCCGGGGACGACGAGCUGAGCUCCAGCUCGGUCCGCAGGAAGCGCCUCUUCUCGGAGGGGAUGAGCGUGUCGCCCGCCACGUCUCCGCUGCGGGGCAGCUCCACCAUGCCGGCCUUCAAGGAACGCCUGUAUCCGUCCACGCCAAUAACGCAAGUACGAACAUUCGAAGUGAUCCGCGAGAUAUCUCCGCCUCAGUUAUCCCCAAUCAGCAAGGAGACUAACCUACAGUGCAAUGCUAAGUCCAUGACAAGACUGGAGUUUAGCACCAACAUGUCCAUAGAUGAUAUAGACCACGCCAAGGACAGCCGGGACGGGGCGGACAAGGAGAACGCCAAGCCGGCCGUGUCGAGCGAGCGCCUCGGGGACACGGGGUACAACACGGCGUCGAUAUGCGUGAGCGAUGUCACCGCGAGCGGCAAGCACGCGUGAGGGCUGAUCAUGUUCGCAGGAUCCGCUGUUAUUUAUUCGCAUGCGUCAUUUGUAGUAUUUUUUUUUUUUUUGUAGUAAAACACAUUCACUUGUACAUAUGAUUGUGGUCAUCAUAUUUAGGGGAGCAAAAAAUUGAUAAAAGAAUUUAGAUGUUGAAGUAAAUGAGGAAUUAAAAAUUUGAUUAAUAGUUUUUGUAGAGUAUGGAUAAAUGUUUAUGAUUGAUUAGAAAGGAAAAAAAAGAGCAAGUUUGUAUCACUUUAUGUUCAGUGAGUAAGGGUCAAAAAAAUAGCUACUUUUAAGUAGAGAGGUUAUUAAGAUUUAAAAUUUUUGACAACUACCUACGAGGAUUUGAAAGUAACGAAACAUACGUUUUAAGUAAAGAGCCUGUCAUGUGAUUUCGUUACUUUCAAAUCCUCGCAGGAAACUGUUGUCAGUUAUUUGAAAUCUUGAAACAGCUCUCUCCUGAAAAGUAGCUGUGUUCGACUUGUACUCUGACUCACUGGAGCGAAGACAUGGAUGCAGGAAAUACGUACAGAACUGUCAUAUGCACGUCAGAAUCAUGGGCCUGAAACUUUUUUUGUUUCACAAAUAGUAUAUAUUUAUUACUUUUUCCUAAAUGCUGUAUAUUUUUUAAGGAUUUUGGGUAUUUUAUUUAUAUUAUAAAUUAUAUCAUUUUAGACAAAUGAGGGAUGAAUUCCUCUACUUUUAGGAAAUAUUUAUCAUUUAUACUUUUUGUGUCUGACCAUGCUGUCAAAUGUUUGCCAUGGCAUUGUGUUAAUAAAUAGAUUUGUUUGGUUGCAAAGACAA